AUGAUUAAAUUUAUCCAAUCCACUCAAUUCAUCAACAAUGAUUUACAUAUGUACCAUGCUGAGAGCAAUACCCCUGCUUUGGCACGGACAUCCAACUUAAAUGAGGAGCUCGGCCAGGUGGAGUAUAUUUUCUCUGACAAAUCUGGGACUCUAACAAGAAACCUGAUGGAAAUUUUCAAAUGUUCAAUCGGGGGAGAAAUUUAUGGCACCGGUGUUACUGAAAUAGAGAUGGGAACAGCUCAGCGAACUGGAGCUAAAAUUGAUGUUGAGAAGCAGCCGAACAUAGCACGUGAAAAGGGUUUCAAUUUCGAUGAUUCGCGGCUCAUGAGGGGUGCUUGGAGGAAUGAACCUAAUGCUGAGUCUUGCAAGGUGGGUUAUCAACUGAGGAGUUCAAAUUUGUCAGAAGAGUUCUUCAGGUGUCUUGCUAUAUGUCAUACUGUGCUUCCUGAAGGUGACGAGUCCCCUGAAAAGAUCCGAUACCAAGCUGCAUCCCCUGAUGAGUCAGCCUUGUGUCAAACUGCAGGCGUUCACCCACAACCAUUUAUGUACGUGAGUCACAUGUUGAGGAGAUGGGAAAGUACGAGGAAGCGCCAGUCUGUUGUAUGUCGAUAUCCAGAUGGUGGACUUGUACUCUACUGCAAGGGUGCAGAUACAGUGAUAUACGAGAGGUUGGCAGAAGGAAGCAAUGAUUUGAAAAGAACAACUAGGGAGCACCUGGAGCAGUUUGGAGCCUCUGGAUUGCGUACUCUUUGCCUGGCUUAUAGAAACUUGAACUCCGAUGUAUAUGAGAAUUGGAAUGAGAAAUACAUUCAGGCAAAAUCUUCAUUGAGGGACAGGGAGAAGAAAUUGGAUGAGGUUGCAGAACUAAUUGAGAAGGAACUUAUCUUGAUUGGAUGUACUGCUAUUGAAGACAAGCUUCAGGCGGGAGUACCUGCAUGUAUAGAGACCCUUGCUCGAGCUGGAAUUAAAAUUUGGGUGCUAACUGGUGACAAGAUGGAGACAGCAAUAAAUAUAGCCUAUGCAUGCAAGUUGAUAAAUAACAGCAUGAAGCAAUUUAUAAUCAGCUCUGAAACUGACACCAUUCGAGAAGUUGAAGAUAAGGGUGAUCAAGUCGAGCUUGCUCGCUUCAUGAAGGAGACAGUAAGAAAUGAGCUGAAAAAAUGUUUUGAGGAAGCACACGAGCUUCUUCUUUCCCCGUCCAGACCUAAACUGGCUCUUGUAAUUGAUGGGAACUGUUUGAUGUUUGCACUGGACCCCAGUUUACGAGUAAUGCUGUUGAAUUUGAGCUUGAAUUGCAGUGCAGUUGUUUGCUGCCGAGUUUCCCCAUUACAGAAGGCACAGGUUACAAGCCUGGUUAAGAAGGGGGCAAAGAGGAUUACACUAAGUAUUGGUGAUGGUGCUAAUGAUGUCAGCAUGAUUCAGGCUGCUCAUGUUGGUGUUGGGAUAAGCGGGCAGGAAGGUAUGCAAGCUGUGAUGGCAAGUGAUUUUGCAAUUGCGCCGUUCCGAUUUUUGACUGAGUUGCUCCUCGUGCAUGGACGGUGGUCUUAUCAUAGCAUAUGCAAGGUUGUGACGUAUUUUUUUUACAAGAACUUGACGUUCACGCUCACUCAAUUUUGGUUCACCUUCCAAACUGGAUUUUCCGGCCAAAGGUUUUAUGACGAUUGGUUUCAGUCGCUGUAUAAUGUUAUUUUCACGGCCCUGCCUGUCAUCAUUAUAGGACUUUUCGACAAGGAUGUGAAUGCAAUGCUUUCCAAGAAAUAUCCCGAGCUGUACAAGGAAGGAAUACGCAACUCAUUCUUCAGAUGGAGAGUAGUGGUGACUUGGGCUUUCUUCGCAAUUUAUCAGUCGCUCGUUUUGUACUACUUUGUUGUGGCAUCGAGCAACCGAGCCAUGAAUUCGGCUGGCAAGAUGUUUGGCCUGUGGGAUGUUACUACAAUGGCCUUCACAACCGUAGUUGUGACGGUGAAUCUGCGCCUCCUUAUGAUGUGUAACACCAUUACCAGGUGGCAUUACAUCAGCGUGGGAGGAAGCAUAUCGCCUGGUUCGUAUUUGUUUUCGUUUACUCGAGUGUCGUGUUACCUAAGGAACAAUGACCUCAGCCCAGAUGAGGCCCGAACCUAUGCCAUAAUGCAACUCCCGGGCCAGAGUCAAAACACACUGGCUUUGCUUUCGACUCCCCAGAUAAAUUCAGCCAAAAUGCCGGUGCACGGGGAUCUGAACAGGCAGAUAGAUCAGCUGAUGGAGUGCAAGCCGCUGCCGGAGGCGGAGGUGAAGGCGCUGUGCGACCAGGCCCGGGCGGUUCUGGUGGAGGAGUGGAACGUGCAGCCGGUGAGGUGCCCCGUCACCGUUUGCGGCGAUAUCCACGGCCAGUUUUACGACCUGAUCGAGCUUUUCCGGAUCGGCGGCAACGCUCCCGAUACGAAUUAUCUUUUCAUGGGGGAUUACGUUGACCGUGGUUAUUACUCAGUGGAGACAGUCACACUCUUGGUGGCUUUGAAAGUUCGUUAUAGAGAUAGGAUUACAAUCCUUAGAGGAAACCAUGAAAGCUUCAAACACUUGACCUUACUGGCGGUGUCUUACAGGUAUGGAUUUUACGACGAAUGCCUGAGGAAGUACGGCAAUGCCAAUGUGUGGAAGUAUUUUACUGAUCUCUUUGAUUAUUUGCCCUUGACAGCUCUAAUCGAGAGCCAGAUAUUCUGCUUGCAUGGUGGUCUUUCACCUUCACUUGAUACCUUGGACAAUAUCCGAGCUUUAGACCGCAUACAGGAGGUCCCUCACGAAGGACCAAUGUGUGACCUGUUGUGGUCCGACCCGGAUGAUCGCUGUGGAUGGGGCAUCUCCCCACGUGGGGCCGGCUACACGUUUGGACAGGACAUAGCAUCUCAAUUCAACCACACUAAUGGACUCACACUCAUUUCAAGGGCUCACCAGCUUGUCAUGGAGGGUUACAAUUGGUGUCAGGAAAAGAAUGUAGUGACAGUGUUUAGUGCCCCGAACUACUGUUACCGAUGUGGAAACAUGGCUGCAAUACUCGAAAUUGGGGAGAACAUGGAGCAGAACUUCCUUCAGUUUGACCCGGCCCCACGGCAGAUCGAACCUGACACAACCCGUAAGACUCCCGAUUAUUUCCUGUGAAUUGAAAUUUGUCUUGGGACAUUGAAAAGAGGAGUUGUUAGUUGAUGAUAAUCGUCGAAAUCAUUCUUAGUCUGCGUAUUUUGCUCGGAAAAACCUAAACUCAAAGGCAUGGAACCAAGGACACGACUUCUUUGUAUAUUUUCCCAAAAAGUAGAAAGUAAAGGAUGACAUUUAUAUAGAAGUUUUGCAACUUAUGAGUUCCAUUUUUCCUUUUGUUUUAUUUUUUCUUUUUUCUUUUUAAAGAUACGGUUUUCAUUGUUCGAUUAGUUUUUUUUUUUCCUGUUUUGAGUGUGAAGUUACUGAGUUUUGUAUGAACGCGUAUUUGUUUGGUAGUGAGAUGUUUGUGCAAAGGACUGACCACAUUAGUAUGGUACCAAAUUGUCUGUAAUAAGGGCGCGUGUAUUCAAUCGGUUAUGAUUCAAUUUGGUUGGUUAAAAUGAGUAAUUUGAAUGAAGUUGAU